AUGAACGUCAGGGUGGUGAAAGUGAAUGGUGAGUUUGAUACUGGUCUGUUGUCUCUCUCCAUCACUACAGAUGACCCUGCAGUGGAGGGUGUGGACAAGUCCCGGCAGCUCCAGACUGGCGAGGUCAUCAUCAUCGUGGUCGUCUUGCUCAUGUGGGCAGCUGUCAUUGCCCUGUUCUGUCGGCAGUAUGACAUCAUCAAGGACAACGACUCCAGUACCGGCAAAGACAAGGUAAAGCCAUCGUCGUUGGCGAGCACGCCAGAACACUGCUCCGGAGGACUGCUACGGAGCAAGUUUCAUCCGUCGCUACAAUCUAUCAACAUAAUAGAGGUUUGAAGGGAAGAAUGCAGAAUGCAGACAUCAAUCCCUCCCCUCUCCUCCCCUCCCCUCCCCUCCUCUCCUCUCCUCUCCUCUCCUCUCCUCUCCUCUCCCCCCUCCCCUCCUCUCCUCCUCCUCUGUUGCUACAUUCUCCACCUCCUCAAUCUUCUCUCCUCCUCUGAUGAAGACAAUCUUCUCUUUUCCUCUCUGAUGAAGAUAAAACUCUGGGCGGAACAAGUCAUUAGCUAAACUGCCGCCGUGAGGCAUGACCGUUGAUGCAUGUCGGCUAAACUAAUUUAGCAAAAGACACACGCAUGCACACACACAAGUAUAUACACACACACACACACACGCACUCCUGCAGGUUGAUUGUGCACACAGUAUUUUUAAUGUUAAUACAUUAUACAUUAUGCAGGUAACAUUCAAGUAUUUCAAGUAAGAUGCUUGGUUUGUAAUUAUUGCAAUACACCCAUGGCCAUCUCUGGGACGUCUGCCUCCGGCCUAGAUUCAAUCUGUGUUGCGGAAGAUGGAGCCGCAGCUGCAGCAAGAAUGACAUUUAAAGGUUCCUGGAGAUUGCUCUGACUGUCCACGCUGCGUAUGUCGGCUCAAUCGGAAAUUCCCCUUUAAAUGUUAUCGCGCUAAAACGCGGAUCUUCCGCGAUACAGACUGAAUCUAGCCCUUCGUGUUCAUGUGUGUUUCUGAUGUAGAACUAGACUACCUGCUCUUACGUUAUGGAUGAUGUUACUUUGAUUAUUUCCUUAAUCUGUUUUUUUUUUGCAUCUUAAUCCUCUUCCCCCCUUGUACAAUCAUUUCACAAUAAUAAGAUCCGAUUUGGUUGCCACAAAUACUCAUACUUGGGAGUAGUUAUCAGAGGUGAAAAUAUUGUGAUCGGAGUCCGACAGACUAUAGCAAAUGCUAAUAAGUAGAAAUUAUAGAAAGUAGUUCUGAACACAUGUAGUAGUUGUGGGUGAAACCACAUACAUACCUUAUGAUCAUCGUCAACACGUUAUUGACGCAUGUCUGUACAUAUGAAGAAAGGUCUGUAUUCCAUAGAUUGACUACUGGAGGGCGCAUGCUGGUCAUUCACCCGUAGUAUAGUAUUUGAUGUGCUCUCUAUUAAACCAAAACAAAAUAUGCAAAAAAAACAAUAAUGGAAAACCAGAAUAUUAUUAUUGUCAUAUUGUCAUAUGAUCAUACUUCCUCUUAGUGAGGACUUGUUUGUUUGGUUGGUUGUUUUGACUCUUGUAAAUAUCCUGAUCACUGUGUUUUACCUGACAUAUUGAACAAUAAAGUUUGUUUCAAAU